UCAUCUUCAUCAACUCCAUAUUCAGCUACAUCAGCUUCAGUAUCAUUUUCAUGAUAUCGUCGUCAUCAGCAGCCUCAUCUUCAUCAUCUUCAUCAUGAGUCACCUGAGCCUCCUCUGCUUCCCCCUCCUGGUGUCAGCCUGUGUGCAGCUCUGUGGGGGGGCGGCCGUGGUGGACUUCCUGCCGGAGGUGGAAUGUGUUUCCGGUACAGAUUGUGUUGUUCGCUGUUUGGCUGAACAAGUCGAGGGUGUCGAGUACCGAGCGGUGAAGUGGUACCGACAGGUCAGAGAGUCUCCAUCGACCCGACUCAGCGGCCUCCUGACCCGGAACCUCUCUACUGGCACCACGAGGUACUACUCGGGUCUGGACCGGGAGGUGGAGCUGCUGGCCGAGUCCCGCAGCCUCCUCCUGCCCAACGUGACGUGCGGCGAUGGCGGCGUGUACACGUGUCACAUGGCAGCACCUGUGGGAGAGCAGAACCAGGAUGGGCGGGUCCUCCUCACUCUGACAGGUUGUCCCGAUGGUCCCACAGAAAAACUGACUAGAGAUGAGUCUGUUAUUUUGGCCAUAGCAGUGCUGAUGGUCGCACUCGUAACAUUCCUCAUAAGCUUCAUGUGUCUGAAGAACGUCCUCAGAGACAGAAGCAUUAAAACUGUGAAGAAAGAAACGUUGUUGGACGCGACGCUCAAACCGCUGGAAAAGAAAGACCUGAUGCUGAUCUACACUCUGGGUCCAAAGCCGUCCUCCUCGUCCAUGAAGCACGUCUGUGUCUAAAGGACGAACUCACUACCUCCCUCUUCAUCCUCUUCGUCACACGUCCACAGUUGCUGCUACUCGUUUGUUAAUAUUGUGAUAUACUUCUGAUAAACUGUGGAUGUUGAGUAGUGGAUAAAAAUGUGAAUCUACAGGAUACAGAUCACCUGUGUAAUGAGCAACAGGAGAAAUCAAAAGCCCUUUUAGCUGCAGCUAGGAACCCAGAAGAGAAAAUCUGUUUCACACACUGUUUGUAAUUCAGCUGUUUCUCCAUCGAUCUGCGUCCCUGCUUCUUCUCAGGUCACGAGUUCAUUCAGGAGAAAUGACCCGUAUGAGACAUUUCUUGUUCUCUGUUCCCAAAGCUCCUCUUCUCAUGGUCUUGUGUUACUUGUUCCGAUAGGAAAUGUUUUCAGGGGACACAAAAAUAUGAUGGACCUGCUGUGGAUCGAUGUUAGGUGAAGUUCCAUCACCACUGACCAUGGAACUACAGCAUGUCCCUCGUUUUAUUGUGUCCCCUGGAAACACUUCCGGUGUUAUUCUCGCUACCUGCAGCGUGUGUCUGUGUUGACAUGUGUUGUCUCAGCUCUCACGCCAACCGUACUGUUCCCUGUGGAUCUGAACCACAUACUGUAAAUAUAAAAUAUGAAAUAAUAAACUUCUUGUGUUCAGUU